AUAUCAUUUCCUCUGAAGUAGAUUCUUGGGUAUAAAAGAAUUGUUCAUUUUUUCGAAAAGCAUCAUUUGCAGUUUAAUCUCCGCAGCAACAACAACAACCCUUUCAAAAAUGGCAUUCAAACUCAUUGUUCUUUUCGCCACUUUGGCCUACGCUAAUGCCGGUUUCUUAGGAGCCACUUCCUACGCCGCUCCAGCAGCCGUAUCUUAUGCUGCACCAGCUUUGACUGCUGUCCACGCCGCCCCAGUUGCUUCUUCGUACUCCUACUCCAACAGAAUCCAAUCUGCUCCAGUAGCUUAUGCUGCUCCAGCCGUAUCUUAUGCCGCACCAGCUGUGACUGCUGUCCAUGCCGCUCCAGUUGCUUCUUCGUACUCCUACACCAACAGAAUCCAAUCCGCUCCAGUGGCCUACGCUUCCCCAGCCAUCUCAUACGCUGCUCCAGCUGUAACUGCCAUCCAUGCUGCUCCAGUUGCCGUCGCUAAAGCCAUCCCAGCUGCCACUUCUUAUGCAUACAACAACAAAAUCUCUCAAUCUGUUUCCUACGCCGCUCCAGUUGCCACCUACGCCGCUGCUGCUCCAGUUGUGAAAUCUUACGCUACUACCUACGCCGCUGCCCCAGCCAUCUCCUACUCUGCACCAGCUCUGACCACUGUUCAUGCCGCCCCAGCUCUCUCAUAUGCUUCCCCAGCUCUUUCUUAUGCCUAUGCUUCCCCAGCCAUCUCAUACGCUGCCCCAGCUGUAACUGCCAUCCAUGCUGCUCCAGUUGCCGUCGCUAAAGCCAUCCCAGCUGCCACUUCUUAUGCAUACAACAACAAAAUCUCUCAAUCUGUUUCCUACGCCGCCCCAGUUGCCACCUACGCCGCUGCUGCUCCAAUUGUGAAAUCUUACGCUGCCCCAGCCAUCUCCUACUCUGCACCAGCUCUUACCACUGUUCACGCCGCCCCAGCUCUCUCAUAUGCUUCCCCAGCCCUUUCUUAUGCUGCCCCAGCUGCCUACGCUACUUCAGCAUACUCCUACGGAAGCCCAGCUGCUUACGCCGCUCCCUUGGCUCUCCAGAAAUACCAUUUGUAAAUAAGGAAUAAUAGAAUGCAUCUAUGUAAAGAAGGCUGAAAUAUGUUCUCUGUUACUUGAAUGUAUUACCUUCUCUUGAAAUUAUUUAUAUAUUUAAAAUAUGUAUAUAUUUCUGGACUGUUGAUAAUAAAUUAUGAAUUUCAA